AUGGAGAGCGCUCUUCCUGCCGCCGGCUUCUUGUACUGGGUGGGCGCAGGCAACGCGGCCUACGUGGCCCUGCGCAUCUCGUACUCGCUCUUCUCGGCCCUUCGGGUCUGGGGUUUGAGUCACGAGGCAGGGGUCGGACCCAGGCUCGGAGAAUGGGCAGUUGUCACAGGUGGUACUGAUGGAAUUGGAAAAUCAUAUGCAGAAGAGUUAGCGAAACAUGGAAUGAAGGUUGUCCUUAUCAGCAGAUCACAGGAUCAACUGAAUCUAGUUUCCAGUGAAAUAAGAGAAAAAUUCAAAGUGGAAACAAGGACCAUUGCUGUUGACUUUGCAUCAGAAGAUAUUUAUGAUAAAAUUAAAACAAGCUUGGCAGGUCAAAUUGGUGUUUUAGUGAACAAUGUGGGAAUAUCAUAUGAAUAUCCUGAAUACUUUUUGGACGUUCCUGACUUGGACAACACCAUCAAGAAUCUGAUAAAUAUCAAUGUUCUUUCUGUUUGUAAGAUGACACGAUUGUUGCUGCCCGGUAUGGUGGAAAGAUCUAAAGGGGCAAUUCUGAACAUUUCCUCUGCCAGUGGCGUAGCCCCAGUUCCACUGUUGGCCAUCUACUCUGCAACCAAGGCUUUUGUGGAUUUCUUCUCUCAGUGCCUCCAUGAGGAAUAUAAGAGCAAGGGCAUCUUUGUGCAGAGUGUCCUGCCGUACUACGUAGCUACAAAGCUGUCGAAAAUCCGAAAACCAACUCUGGAUAAGCCGUCUGCAGAGACGUACGUGAAGUCUGCAAUGAGAAUGGUGGGCUUGCAGUCCCCAACCACCGGAUACCCGGUCCAUUUUCUUAUGGACUUAAUACUUUCAAUUAUGUCUACCUGGCUGUAUUUUAAAAUGACCAUGAAUUUUGGCAAGUCUACGCGGGCUCGCUAUAUGAAGAAAGCCAAGAAGAACUAAGCAUUGGUAACUGCACUGAGUAGCUU